AUGAGGCUCAGGAUUCCCAACAUUCACACGCGACCCAAUGAGGUGCCUAUGGUAGCAGAGACUGCUACUGGCAGCGAUGUCGAAGUCGCUGGUGCCCAAGAGAUGAACGAGAAGGACGGUACUCAGGUCACCAGCAAGGCCGAAGAGGAUACUGUUACUCCUGAGUUCCAGCACGGCGUACAGAUGGCCCAAGCAAUGAACCAGGUCUGGACUAGAGAGCAUCUGAUAGCAGCCUACAUCAUCAUCUGGGUCAUCAAUUUCAUCCAAGGCUUCGGAUCUGGUAUCACAGGAACUCUGACUCCCUACGUGACCAGCUCCUUCCAAGCUCACUCCCUGACCGCCACGACUAGUAUCAUCUCGAGCUUGAUCGCUGGCUUGUGGAAGCUUCCUUAUGCUAAGAUCCUCGACGUCUGGGGCCGUCCUCAAGGCUUCGCUUUGAUGGUCGCCUCCACCGUACUCGGUUUCAUUAUGAUGGCAGGCUGCACGAAUGUCACCACGUAUUGCGCCGCUCAAGUUUUCUAUCAAGUCGGCUAUACCGCCAUCGAUUUCACGAUCACCAUCUUCGUUGCUGAUACUAGCAGCCUCAAAAAUAGAGCUUGGUGGAUUGCAUACACCGCUUCCCCUUGGCUUAUCGUCACAUGGUGCUAUGGUCCUGCCACCAAUAGCGUACUCGAAAGCAUCGGCUUCAGAUGGGGCUUCGGUAUCUGGGCCAUAGUAUAUCCUAUCGUCUGCGCUCCUCUGUUCUGGCUCAUGUGGCACAACUUAAAGAAGGCCGAGAAACAAGGGUUGAUCCCCAAGCAAGACAGCGGACGCACAUGGAGGGAAUCUGUCAUCUACUACGCCGUCCAAUUCGAUGUUGUUGGCAUACUCCUGAUUGCCACUGGACUCUCGUUGUUCUUGCUAUCGUUCAGCUUAUAUUCCUAUCAAGCUGAACAGUGGAAAUCACCCAUGAUCAUCUGCUUCCUGGUCUUCGGUAUCCUUCUCUCCGCCUCUUUCUCGGUCUGGGAGGCCAAGCUCGCCCCUGUUACCUUCGUGCCUUGGCAUCUGAUGAAGGACAGAACUGUCAUCUUUACCUUCGCUAUGGUUGCUGCCAUUUACAGUGGUUACAAUGUCUGGUACGAUUACUUCUACAGCAUGCUUAUCGUUGUCUUCAACACUUCGGUACGCGAUGCUACCUACAUUCUGAACAUCUAUACUAUUGGCGCAACCUUCUGGUGCCUGGUCGUCGGUAUCAUCAUCCGCUAUAACGGACGCCUCAAGUGGAUCGCCCUAUACUUCGGUGUGCCGGUCAACCUCCUUGGAGUCGGUCUUAUGAUCAAGUUCCGUCAUCCAGACACUAGUAUCGGCUGGAUCGUCAUGUGUCAAAUAUUCGUUGCUUUUGGUGGCGGCACCCUUGUUAUCUGCGAGCAAAUGACCGUCAUGGCCGUCUCGACUCAACAAAACAUUCCCGCCAUCCUCGCCUUCGAAUUCAUGAUCGCCAACAUUGGCUCUUCCAUCGGUUCCGCCAUCGCUGCAGCCAUGUGGACUGGUCUCUUCCCCACCAACCUCGCCAAAUAUCUCCCUGCUUCUGCCCUUCCAGACCUCCAGACUAUCUAUGGAGAUUUGACCGUCCAGAGCAGUUACGCCAUCGGCACUCCUGAAAGAGACGGCAUCAACAAGGCCUAUGGUGAGACUCAGAAACUCAUGGUUGUGGCAUCAACUUGUCUCUAUGCUACAAUUAUUGUCUGGGUCAGUCUGUGGAGAGAGAUCAAUGUCAAGGGUAUGAAACAGAAUAAGGGUAUGACCAUGUAG